UUAAACUUUUGCGAAGAAUCAUCGAAAUAAGUAGCGCAAACGCACUCUUAAUCAAGAAUUUCCAACUCUUAGUUCAGUUAAUGGAAAAACCCACAUCUUAUGUUCAGGCGUGAUAGAACAUACAGAGUUUUGCAGCCAAAGAAAAAUGGGUACUGUUUAUGAAGAGUUGGAUGAUGCUAAAGCUGAGAUUGAAAAGCUCAAAGCAAAUUACCAGAUGAAGUUGGAAUUCUCUGAAAGCCUGAAAAGAGCACACAACGAGCAGCUGGUAAAGUUUCAGGAGGUAAAUUUGAAAGUCGAUAAGCUCUCUCAGGAACUAAAUGAAAAGGCUGAAGAAAUAUCUGUUGCAAAUCAGAUGUAUGAAGAACUGAAGUCAAAGUUGAAAGAGAAAGAGGCUGUUAUCGAGCACUUGACUUGUGCCAAUGAUAAGCUUCGUGCUGAUUGCAAAGAGAAACUUCAAAGUUCUGAGGAAGAGAAUAGAGGGCUAGCACUGGCUUUAGAUGAGGCUAAUGCCAAGAACAUGGAUCAAGAGCAACUGAUCCGUUCAUUGCAAGUAGAAGUUGAAGGGCUGAAGGGAAUAGUGUCUGCGUCUCAGAACAAGUGUUCAGAAGCAGACAGAAAGCACAAAGCACUUCAAGAAGUGAGACGGGGAGAAGAUGUGCUUCUUAAGUUAGAAGAUGAGAAAAGUAAGUAUGAAAAUCAGCUGAAAUGGAAGAAGGAACAAUUUGGUCAUCUAGAAGAAGCCCAUAAGAAGCUUCGGCAUGAGUUUCAAGUCUGUCAGAAAGAGUGGGAGAAAGAGAGAGUUUCAUUGCUUGAUGAGAUCUCUAGAUUGCAGACAAACUUAGAUUCGCAAACCAGAAUUUCAGAAUCUCUUAAAAGCCGCCUGGAGAUGUGUAACCAGGCUCUUGCUCAUGAAGAGAGCAAGAGAAAAUAUUUGGAAGUUAAACUUUCCGAAUCAAGGACCAAUUUUGACAAUGUUUUUGCUGACUAUGAGGAGGCAAAGUCCACAAUCGAAAGCUUGACAGGUCAAAGGGAUAAAGAAAUUGCUAGCUUGAGGAACUCUUUGUGUACAAAGGAGAGCAUUUACAAGGAAAUGGAACAUCAGGUCAGGGUGCUCGACCAAGACAAGCAGGAACUAAUGAUAUCUCUCAGAGAACUCCAGGAAGCUCAAAUUCGGGAAGGAGGAAGCGCUUCCUCUUUAACAAAACUUCGGAACAAGCUUAGAGGUGUCGAACAGGUGCACAAGGACUGCUCCAUGAGAUUGAUGUCUAAAGAAGCUGAAUGGAAUUCUCAACUUGAAAUCUUGAUGCAGAAGCUCAGUAGCUGCAGUUCUGAGUUAGAGAGUAAGAAUACAUUAAUAGACCAACUCAAAAUGGAAGCAGAAGCUCAGGAUUCCAUGAUAGCACAGCUAGCAUCGCAUAAUGAAGAAGUUACUUUGAUGGUUUUAUUGUUGAAGUCAGGGCUUCUGGAGGCCCAAAUGAAGCUUGCUGAUGCUUAUGUUGACUUAGAUCAUGAAAAGAAGAAAAGUGAACAAAGCCUCUCUCUGUUUAGAGGUCUUGAACGGGUGCACAAAUAUUGCUCCAAAAGACUCAGGUCUAAAGAAGCUGAAUGGAAUUCUAAAGUGGAAUGCUUGAUGGAAAAGCUCAAUUGCUGCAGUUCUGAGUUGGAGAGCAAGAGCACGUUGAUAGAUCGACUCAAAAUGGAGGCAGAAGCUCAUGAUUCCACAAUAGAACAGCUAACAUUGCAGAAUGAAGCAGCAGGUGUUGUUCUGUUAUUGUUGAAGUCAGGAUUUCUGGAGGCCCAAAUGAAGCUUGCUGAAUCCUAUGUUGACUUAGAGGAGACAAAAAAGAAAAGUGAAGACCGCCAAGCACUUCUACUAGAGCAAUUGGAGUUGAAGAAUAUUGCUCUAGCAAAAGCUCACUCUGAUACUGAGAAAGAACACAAGAAGGUGGCCCAUUUAUCAGAGAAGGUGGAAUCUGUAACUUACAUUGAAGAACAGCAGCUUUUGCAACAUAAAGAGCUUGAAAGACUAGAAAAACUGCUCAGUGAAUCUUAUACAUGUCAACAUGGGUUAAAGAAGCAGGUACUCAGCAUGACUAUUGAGCUCAAAGAAGUUUGUAAUGCCCUGAAUGCUGCAUACCAAGAACUGGAUGACAAAACCUCCCGUGGAAUGGAAUUUGAAUUUGAGUUGCAAAUAUGGAAACCUUUUACCCAGGGGUUGAGAGACAACCUUGAAGAAAAUCAUCAAUUGCAUAGAGAAGCGGAGGCUUCUUUUCAUGCACAAGUGAUGAGCUUGAAAAGUGACUUGAAAAAGGUUCGUAAGACCUUGGCCAGGGCAAAUGAAGAACUGGCGGCAAGAUUUUGUGAAGGAAACCAAGCUGAAUUUGAGUUGCAAAUAUGGAAAUCCAUUGCUGAACAGCUGAAAGCCAACCUUGAAGAUAAUCAUCACAUGCGUAGAGAAGUAGAGGCUUCUCUUCUUGCAGAAAUAUCUAUUCAGGUCAAUCUAAGACAAGAGAGAGAUGGACUCCUGAACCAGCUAGAUGAAAAAGACAAGAGAUUAGAAGAAUUGGUUGAACGGAUCACUUUUUUGAAUCAGGAAAUUGAGACAAGAGCGAAAAAAGACGCAACUCCUGAUUCGACAAAGAAUGCAAAGUUUUACAGUUCGAGAACCAGUCUUCAAAGUCCAGAUGGCAGCUCAGAUUAUUCACAGGAAGAGGAAGAGUGGGUGAAAAGACAGCUUGAAGGUGCAAUUUUUGCACAAGUCGAUGCAGAGCAGAACCACGAGCAUGAGAGAGAGAGCCUUCACCAUCUUGUGGAGGAGAGAGACCAGAGAAUAGAGCAUCUCCAGCAGCUUGUGAAGUCAUUGGAGCAAGAGUUUGAGAGUUCAACCAGCUCUUUUUCCUCAAGGCUAUCGGAGAUGCAGGUGGAGAUUAAAAUGUUCCACGAUUUUUGGCACAAGAUGGCAACAACUUUGUUUUUCAAAGAGAUGGAAAUCCAGGAGAAGGACCUGAUUAAUGCUGAGUUGGAAAAUGACUUAAGUUAUCUGAAAACUGGUUCACUGGCGAAUAAAUCAGAGGUGCAGAUAUUGAGGGAUGAGCUUGAAAAGGAGCAGAGUAGGUCAGAUGCGUUGAUUCAGAAGCUUAAUGAGGAAAAGGAAAAGAUAAUUGAAGAUGUGGUGAAGUUGUCAUCAGAUAGGGAGAAUUUAUUGGACUCUCUUGAGGGAUUGUAUGAAAGAAUGCAGAGGCUGUCUAUGGAUGAUCUGCAGCUAAUGGAAGGCUUGAGAAAUAUACUGCACAACUUCAAUUCAACUGAAUUAGGAAUAGACUUCAGAGGGGAGGAUGAAUAUUUUGACCCGGGGAAAGAGAACAAAAUCCAUUAUGCAUCUCCCAGAACAACAAAAGCUGAAGUCAUUCUUGAUGAAAGACUGCCGUUGAGAGCUGUCAACAGUGGACUGCUCCUGUAGAUUAUGUAAUCUAUUUUUUUUUUCAACAAACGGAUUAUGUAAUCUAUUCGCUACAUAAUUUUGUAGAACCCAUUUUUUUAUUUGGUUAUAUCACAUAUUGUUUCUGUUUUC